AUGGGGUCUGCAGAAUUACCGUCGGAGUUGAUAUUCGAAAUUCUGAGCCGAACGUCGUUGGAAACCCUAGAACGAUGCAAGGCGGUUUCAAAGAGUUGGAAGCACAUUAUUUACGAGCCUUCUUUUCUCCCUCUCCACUCCCAAAGAACCAAUUCCCUCUUCGGCUAUUUCUUCCAAGACGUCAGACGCAUUGCUAAAUUUCCGUCCGCGUUCGUAUCCUCCGCCCCCGGCGCCGCCGCUGCCGCAGCCAUCAAAGUAACUUGGCCGUGCGACGACAUGGAGAUCCUAGCCUCGUGCGAUCAAGGGAUUCUUUGCUGCCAGAGACGAAUAUGCUACAACAAGCGAUUCUACGCUUGCAAGCCCGCCACCAGCCAGUGGCAGGCUCUGCCCAAUCCCAAGCUCCGCUACGAGACCGACGCCGUCGCCAUCGUCGUCGUCCGAUCCACCCCUCUCCGCUACAUCAUUGCUCGAUUGUACCACUCCGAGACGAUGCAGCAUCACUGUGAGAUAUUCGAUUCGGAGACGUGGGCGUGGGAGAAGAUCGAGUGCGCGGCUCCCUACGGGGAGAUCAUAGAAUAUUGCCGCCGCGCCGUCACCACGGCCGGCCGAUUUUUCCACUGGCUCACCGUCAACGGCAACGUGCUGACGCUGGACGUGAAGAGGAGGAGCUUCCGGUGUUCCCCGCUGCUGCAGUGCGACCCCGCCUGCAAGUGGAAGGAGCUAGUGGAGUACGAGGGAGAGCUAGGGUUUGCGCGCAUGGUCGAGGACGGAGACAGGAGAGAGAUGGAGGUGUGGGUGGGGGAGGAGAGGAAGGUGGUGGUGGAUAUGAGAUGCGUCGAAAGAGCGGUGAAGCAUGCGCAGCCGGUGGAGUUCUGCAGCAGCAUUGUAGUUUUCACGAGGUUUUUCAACCAUUAG